AUGCAUAAACAGAUAUGGAUUGAUGCAAGGAAGACAAAAACUGAGAUUAUGGAAGGCAGAGAAGAGCAAAUUUUAGCUUAUUGCAAAAGGUACUUCGGAGAAGGUAUCGAAGAUGGAGGGCCAGGAACCAAAGAGGAAGAGCACAAUGAGGCAAUCUUUACAAUUCUUUCUUAUCUCUACACAUUCAGCAUUGCAGACUAUGUCUCCUGGUUGAAGAUCUUCGAUUUUGAUGGCCAUAGAGGGAUGCUAAAGAAAGCUAUUGAGAAUCUAACUAAAUACCAUGAUCCUGAAAUAGACCAUAGGAUUCAGAUGUGGAAAAGUGGGAGCAAAGCAAAUGAAUAA